CGGCGGCGGCUACGCGUCCGGGCCGGACUGAGUCUCCCACUGUCCCGAGCAGGCCUGGUAUGGGUAAUGGUGUGAAGGAAGGCCCAGUGCGACUGCGUGAGGAUGCCGAGGCUGUCCUGUCCUCGUCUGUCUCAUCAAAGCGUGACCACAGGCAAGUGCUCAGCUCCCUGCUGUCUGGGGCUCUGGCUGGUGCCCUUGCCAAAACAGCGGUAGCCCCCCUGGACCGAACCAAAAUCAUCUUCCAAGUGUCUUCAAAAAGAUUUUCUGCCAAGGAGGCCUUCCGGGUCCUCUACUACACCUACCUCAACGAGGGCUUCCUCAGCUUGUGGCGCGGGAACUCGGCCACCAUGGUGCGCGUGGUGCCCUAUGCCGCCAUCCAGUUCAGCGCACACGAAGAGUACAAGCGCAUCCUGGGCCGCUACUACGGCUUUCGCGGAGAAGCCUUGCCCCCUUGGCCUCGCCUCUUCGCGGGAGCACUGGCUGGAACGACAGCCGCUUCACUGACCUACCCCCUGGACCUGGUCAGAGCUCGGAUGGCCGUAACCCCGAAGGAAAUGUACAGCAACAUCUUUCAUGUCUUCAUCCGCAUCUCGAGAGAAGAGGGGCUGAAGACCCUCUACCAUGGAUUUACACCCACCGUGCUGGGGGUCAUUCCCUAUGCCGGCCUGAGUUUUUUCACCUAUGAGACGCUCAAGAGCCUGCACAGAGAGUACAGUGGCCGCCGUCAGCCCUACCCCUUCGAGCGCAUGAUCUUCGGCGCCUGCGCUGGCCUCAUCGGGCAGUCAGCCUCGUACCCACUGGAUGUGGUGCGGCGGCGCAUGCAGACGGCCGGCGUCACGGGCUACCCGCGCACCUCCAUCGCCUGCACUUUGCGCACUAUCGUGCGGGAGGAGGGCGCCGUGCGCGGCCUCUACAAAGGCUUGAGCAUGAACUGGGUCAAGGGUCCCAUCGCCGUGGGCAUCAGCUUCACCACCUUCGACCUCAUGCAGAUCCUGCUGCGGCACCUGCAGAGCUAGGGGACCCUGAGCUGCGCUCAGGACAGUGGGCCGGUGACCCCUUUGGUAUUCUGGGCCCAUGGAACGGGGGUGCGCUUGGUUCCACCUCAGGAGCCACAUGGGGCGCUUUGUGGAACAAGCAGGUGGUCCUGAGGGGCCUGGACUCGGAGUCCGCAGGUCCAAGCGCAAAGCUGGUGGCCCUGGAAGUGCAGCGAUGGGGCAGUGGUGUGGGGGGUCCCGCGCACCCCUCUUCCCUCCUCCGCAGAGGCUGGCGCUGUCUGCCGGAGGUGUGACCUAAAAGGUCCUAGUGGGGCGUGGUGGGCUCCACCUCCUGGUCUCGUGUGUCCUCCGACAUGUUGCUGAUUUCUAGUGACCCCUGUCCCACCAGGCUCAGAGCCAGACCGCGCCUGGCCCUCCUUGUUCUGACUCUGCGUGCCUGCCCGGCCUCCAGGGUACAGGGGUGCCUUUCCUGCAGGCGGACCCUGCCCAGGAUGGGGCGAGCCUCCUGUUCAGCUUUGGCCACAAAUGCAGCCCCUGGCCCACCCCACCCUGCCGGUCCUGCCUUCUCCAGUAUUUGCCUGAGGCCACGACUCCUCAGUCAGCAGAGCCUCCUGCUGGGAACCAUGUUCCCCCAGAGCCUCCUGUCCAUCCUAGACAUGCAAGCAGCUGGGGCCCCAAGAGAGCAGCUCCCCACAGGCUGGCCUGGCCACUGCUUUGUAACCUUCCCAUGAGCGUCUUGCUUGCUCCAGGGUGUGAGGCCUGGACCACCACACGGAACUGCCUCAGGUUUGGGUCAGACCCGCAGCUUGCGGCAGCUGCUGAAAUGUGAGCACCCAAGCUGCCUCCUUUGGCCUAGAAGCUCCUGCAUCCCCGGGCCACACCAAUAGAGGCUGGGUCUCAGGGCCCCAACCCUCUGCCCAGCUGGGGUAUCCAACAGGUCCUGGGGUCCCCUCUUGAGCAGCACUUUGCUGGGACAUGGAGCAAUUUAAAGCCCAUAAGGGGUUGUUUGGUUUCCAUGAAAUGGAGCCUUGAUCCCCCCAGAGUGGGAGCCUCAUGACAGAGGACAGCCUGGGGGUGGGAGGUGAGGAACAGCUGAGGUACCUAGGGGAACCCCAGCUAACUGGUCUCUCAGAGAAGUCCCCCAGGGCCCGCCAGGUAUCACAGGGACCCAUUCCCUGAUGACGUUGUGAAUUUGAUUUCUUUUAACUUGGCUGACCCUGGGUCUAUGGCCUUUUCACAUGGAACCCCUGACUGGUCCGCCUGGUGCCAGGGUGAGCAUGACCCUGAGUGUUGCUUUCCACGGCUGGCCCCGCACACACUGUGGGGAGGGAUCUGAGCUCAUGCAUCGCCAGUCAUGACUUCAUGUCACCCUUCCUUCUGUCCACCUCCUAUUCUUCUUGUCUUGGACCUGUGGGUGUAAAGACUGCUCUCUGACCUUCCUUGCAUGUGGCCACCAGCCUCCCUAAUCUCAUCCCCAGAGGCCCAGGCAGCCUGUGAUGACUGUGAGGGGCUGUGCCGCUGGGUGGGCAUCCCUUACCCAGCACCCAGACUUGGCAGGAGUGGCGGGUCCCCCGUCACAGGGAGACAGGAGGGCACCCAACUCCGACAGGCAUGCAACAGCAGCAGGGACCCGGGGUCUGCCCCAGGUUGGUGAGACCAAGUGGGUGGAUUUUGGGCCACAGGCUGGGCAGGAGAGACAAGGUGUGGGUGGGAGGGUCCCCUAGACCCUGCUGACCCCAGCGUGCCUCCGUGAGGUGGCUCCCAGAUGAAUGGGACCUGGCAGGAGUGGUGGGCAGUGCUGUUCCCCGACCCCUGCACACAGCCAGGCACUCGAGGCUCUGCAGUCACUCCCCUCCCUGCUGGUUGCUGGUCCUGGUCUGGAGUUAUAUUUUGAUGCCAUGAAGACACUGUUUCUAUCUAAUGUUUAUAUAUUUUAAAGAUUUGUGCCAAGAGAGUAUAUUUAAUAAAAACUUAAAUGAUUUCUUCUCCUG